CAUAUUAUGACUACCGCAACACUUGUAGCAGAGUAGUCUUUUACUCCUCAGGACUCGACAACAAUGUUAGCCAUCACAGGUACCGACCACAAAAUCUCCUCACCAGAGGAGGACUGCCACCAAACGCCGUCCUCAGCAGCCACCACAAUUGCCGGCAACGACGAUCUCUUGACAGAGAUCCUCGUCUACACGCCUGUCAAGUCUCUGAUGAGAUUCAAAUCCGUGUCCAAACACUGGUUCUCUCUCAUCUCUGCGUCUCAUUUCUCUCUCCUCCGCACUUUGCGACGCCCAAACCGCAGACCAUCUGGCCUCUUCCUCGAGAAUAGGCCCCCCUUAAUCUUCCACCGAAUCCCCUGUUCGGAGUUGGACUUCCUUUCAUUCAGCAACAACAAUCUCUCUGGAGCCCCCUUCAGAUCACUCAAUUUCAAGAAUAAUCAUUUAGGUAUCAAAAUCUUACAGUCUUGCAACGGCUUGUUGCUCUGCCGUACUUAUCGACGUAUGGUCGGAAAAGCAGCUCCUAAUUUUUAUAUAUACAAUCCCACUACCAAGCAAUACUCAUCACUUCCACCUCUCACUGGAGCUGAAUAUGGCACUUCCUUUGGUGGUGGUUUGGCUUUUGAUCCAUUGAAAUCUGUUCAUUAUAAAGUUAUUUACAUUUGUAGUAGGAGUCGGGAUCUAUUUGGUGGCCCCAACCGUACUAUAUAUUAUUGCAGUGUGUAUAUAUAUUCAUCGGAGACUCGGUCUUGGAGGUUACGGGGUAAUCCAUUUUCGCCCACACAUGAUAUUGAUAUGGUGCCUACUCAUGCGGUCUUUUGGAAUAGCUCGAUUCAUUGGAUUAGUCGCACUGGGUCUUACUUUCGCUUUGAUGUUGAUCAUGAGAGUCUCGUAGAAAUGCCUGAGAUUUUAUUUCCUGGGUAUAACAUAUACAGUGGGCACUUAUUGGAGUCUAAAGGCCAUUUGCAUCUUAUAAAGGAAUGUCUCACCGCUCCCCAAAUGCAAUUUGAUGUUUUCGAGAUGGAGAGGGACUACUCUAAAUGGUUUGUGAAGUAUCAUGUUGAUCUUGUUGGAAUUGUAAAUGAGUUUCCAGAGAUGGUUCGGAGGGGUAGGGUUUAUUAUUCGGUACUUGGUCUUGUUCGCGACGAUGAUGAAGAUGAGUCAUUGCUGCUGUUGCACUUGCCCGGUAAGGUCUUAUCUUAUAAAUUUAAGGAUAAUACGUUCAAGGAGCUUCUUAAUUUGCCACCUGAAAAAAUUCACAAAAUGUAUACUUUGCAAUAUGGACAUUUUGAUGCUCACGUCUACAUAGAGACUCACGCUUUUGUUUUAUGAUGUUUUUGUCAAGGUUACUUUGGUGAUGUACAUUAUUAAUUUUUCUUUCUUAUUGAAUCUGUUAUGCACAGUUUCUUAAUUUUUUCCCCUACCAUUGCUGGAUAUUGUCCAUGGUAGUUUGGAUGGAUUGGUUGUUUAAACUUUUUAUAUAUUCUACUAUGAUUGCUAAAAGCUUGCAAGGUCAAA